AUGGCAGAAUCAAAAGAAGUUGAUAAAGUACAAUCAUGGAAAUGGUUUCUUUUAACCCCAUUGGUUGUGGCUUUAAUUGCCUUAUACACCCCAUUGAUUAGUUAUGUUGGUAUUGCAAUUCAAACCAUAGAUCCCUCUGCGUGUCCAUUAGCUGCACCAAUAGUCCCCUCAGAUACUAGUGUUGCGUGGAAAAUGAUCCAUGGCCCCGAAUAUCGAAUUAAAUCUGCUGGUAGAUUAUCUGAAUCGGUUCGAAUUGAUACUCAAGUAUUUGAUAAACCACCAUCAGUUGAAUCGAAUCCAGAAUAUUGGGUUAAAUUUAAAGCAUUCCAUGAAUUUCUUGAACGGGAAUUCCCUUUGGUUUAUGAAACCUUGGACCUUGAUUUAGUCAAUACUUAUGGAAUCGUGUUAACAUGGAAAGGGUCAAAUUCUAAAUUGAAACCUUUAAUGUUAACUGCUCAUCAAGAUACAGUUCCUAUUCAAUCAGAUACUUUAGACGCAUGGACUCAUCCUCCACUUGCUGGCCAUUAUGAUGGUACGUUUGUUUAUGGAAGAGGAUCCAGUGAUUGUAAGAAUGUUUUGAUUGCUAUAAUGGAGUCUUUUGAAGCAUUGAUUAUUAAUGGCUUCAAACCUCAAAGAAGUUUACUUGCAGUAUUUGGAUUUGAUGAAGAAGUUUCUGGAUAUCAAGGAGCAAAGUUUAUUAAUGAAUUUCUUGUUGAAAAAUAUGGUCAAAAUUCUCUUUAUGCAAUUAUUGACGAAGGACCUGGAGUUUAUUAUACUCCCUUCAGUAAACUGAUUGUGGCAACUGUUGCCAAUGGGGAGAAGGGAUACUUAGAUUUAACUGUUAAAUUGGGUGCUCAAGGAGGUCAUUCAUCUGUUCCACCAGAUCAUACAACCAUUGGGAUUAUUUCAGAAUUAACCUUUGAAAUUGAGAAUGAUCCUUACCCUUCAAUAUUAACAAGUUCUAAUCCAUUAUAUCGUUACAUGCAAUGCUUUGCAGUCCAUGCCACGGGACUUUCCUCUAUUAUUCGAAAAACGAUAUUAAGAUCUUCAUUCAAUAAAGUUGCCAAUUCCAAACUAGUUGAAUAUCUUGAAAGAAUCCCAAUUUCCAAGUAUUUAAUCAAAACCUCUCAAUCUUGCGACGUUAUUCGUGGAGGAGAAAAGGCCAAUGCGUUACCUGAAUAUUCUGAACUCUUGGUGAACCAUCGAAUUUCUGUUGAUUCCAGCGUUGAACAAGUCAAACAACAUUUCAGUGAUCGAGUAUUGAAAAUUGCAAAGAAACAUAACAUUACCUUGGAAAGUUAUGGAGAAAUUGUCUACCAAGGAUCCACUCAUUCUAAAUUUAUCGUUGAAACAUUUGGUGAAGCUUUAGAACCUGCUCCAGUAUCUCCAUUUAACGAUACGGUUUGGGAUUAUCUUGUUGGUACCACUAGACAUGUGUUUGAAGACUUGGUUAUAAAGAACUUGACCGAACCAAUUAUAGUUGCCCCUGCGAUUAUGCCUGCUAAUACUGACACCAAACAUUAUUGGGAUUUAACCUCCCAUAUCUUUAGGUUUUCCCCAAUGUUUAUUGAUAUGUUGGGAGAGAAUAACAUUCAUAGUGUUGAUGAAAAGAUUAGGCUCAAUGGUCAUUUGGAAUUGACAGCCUUCUUUUAUCAAUACAUUCAGAAUGUUGAUUCCGAAGCAGCUGACAAUAGACUAGGCUAG